AUGUCUCACUGCACCUGCCGGCACUUCCUCAGUCCUCUGGCCCCGCACCCGCGUCUCGCCGCGAGUCCAUCUCUGCUCUGCGGCCUCUGGUUAGACACAUUCUCCUGUCCCGCUGGACGGAGCAUACUCGCCACCCGCACCGUCCCCGCGGCCCCGCCGGGGCGUCCGGAGCAGGCGGACCGACAGCCUAGUUCGACAGGUGGUGGGGGGCUACCCCCGUACCACCCCGAUAAUCGCUGCCCGCGGCGCUAUUCAAGUUGUCGUGGGCGUGCGCGCUCAGCUCUGGAGAGGGUAGUCCAGCCGCGCCCGCACAGAGGGGGCGUCGUCACCCCCCCCCCGCCACCGGCGAGCCAGACAGACAGACAGACACACGCAUACACGCUCCCCCCACCGCGCGCCUUCCUUCAGCGCGCGGGACUGGGGCGCGCGCACUCGGGGACAGUCCGGCCCCCACCCGGCCCCGCGGUAAUGGGGGGGAACCCGCGAGGCGGCCCAGGCUCGGGGGCUCGGCCCCUGGGGGCCCGCGAGGGGAAAGCCGGUCCCCGGCCCCCGGCUCCUACCUCGCAGGAGCGGUGGCGGGCCAGCCCUGGAGAAAGCUUAACUCAGGCUGUGUUUCCUGACCCUUUUCAAGACAAAGAUAAUGAUGAUGGUGAGUUUGGUGAGAUGAUGAGCACACAACAGGCCAGAGGAGCAAACCCCAGGGCGUCAGGCGUCACCCCAGUGUCAGCGCAGCAGCCACUGCCCCCAGAUGGACAGCUGGGGUUCCCGCAGCAGAGGCUGGUGAAGGGCUCGGAGCCGACGCUGAGCUCAUUCCUGUGUGCGCGUACCAUGUCGCCACCGUCGGCCUGCAGACACCUCGGGAGCGUGGCUCUGACACAGUGA